AUGGGCCUCCUGAGAAGAGUAUGGUCUCUCUUUAUUCUUGCAUAUGUCUUGAUUGAGGUGGUUGCGCAGGAUUGCAGCGUUUCCAAUCCCUGCGCAACGGGUUGCUGCUCUAAAUAUGGCUAUUGCGGGACGGGACAGGACCAUUGCGGACCCGAUGUCUGCGUUGCCAAUUGCGACUACGAGGCCACUACCCAAUGUAGUGCAAACAAGCCCUGUGCAAUCGGCUGCUGUUCCAAAUUCGGGGUUUGUGGUUUUGGACCUGACUAUUGCGGCAAGGAAUCAUGCGUCUCGUCCUGCGAAAGGAAGUCAGAGUGUGAUCCUGGAACUUGGGGUGAGAAAUAUGCAAAUUCCACCACCUGUCCAUUGAACGUCUGUUGCAGCCAAUACGGUUUCUGCGGCACGACGCAGGAGUUCUGCGGCAAUAAGAAAGUCACUAGGCCGUCAUGCGAUGAUGGGAACAGCCUUUCCCGAGUCGUAGGAUAUUACGAGGGCUGGGCAACGAGCAGACCCUGCCACGCGAUCUGGCCAGAGCAGAUUCCCGCAGGUAUCUAUACGCACCUUAACUACGCCUUCGCAACCAUCAAUCCAGAAACAUACGAAGUCCUUGCCCCACAUCCUAACGAGGUCAAACUAAUGAAAAGGUUGACGGGCUUGAAGUCAAACCGGGCAAAUCUGAAAGUCAACAUCGCCAUUGGUGGUUGGAGUUUCAAUGAUCCAGGCCCGACUGCGUCUGUCUUCUCUGACCUAGCAGCCUCGGAGGACAAGCAGAGGAAGUUUUUCAAGUCUCUGACCUCCUUCAUGUCGACCUACGGUGGAUGUGAAUCGCGGGGCCGUCCAGCAGACUUUGCAAAUUUUCCGAAAUUCAUGGCAAACCUGAAAAGCGCGCUGCAAGGUACUUCGACCGGUGCAGAGAUUAGCCUGACUCUGCCAACAUCCUACUGGUACUUGCAGCAUUUUGAUAUCAAGGAGCUAGCCAAACACGUCGACUAUUUCAACUACAUGUCUUACGACCUUCACGGCACCUGGGAUAAAGGGAAUAAGUGGACCGGCGAAUAUCUGGAUGCGCAUACAAACCUGACCGAGAUCACUGCAGCAAUGGACCUACUUUGGAGAAAUCGAAUUAGUCCGGACAAGGUCGUUUUAGGGUUAGCUUUCUACAGCCGUGCAUUUACCGUUCAAAGCACCAAUUGCAGGACCCCAGGAUGUCUUUUCGCAUCUGGUUCUGACGCUGGACCAUGCAGCGGGCAGACCGGUGUGCUGCUCAACAGUGAGAUUGACGACAUUCGAGCCAACAAAAGUCUCAACCCCACAUUGGACAAGGAUGCUGCCGUGCAGUUACUUACCUGGGAUAACCAGUGGGCGUCGUAUGACGAUGAUGCAACCUUUAAGCUCAAGAUGGAGUUUGCCCGAAAGACAUGCCUAGGCGGUAUCAUGGUAUGGGCUGUCAGUCAUGACACAAAUAACGGGACGUACUCCAGAGCAUUGUCUGGGGCGGUCCCACAUUACAAGCCAGCGUCUUUUGUCGUAGUCGACAGCAGUGUUACGCCCAACGGUCUUACGGUAUAUACCGAAGAGAAGCAGAGGCAGUGCAAGUGGACUAAUUGCGGGCAAACCUGCACUGGCGAUUAUGUCGCAGUCAAGCGUUCGGACCCAGGAUAUCGAGGUGAUGAGCUGAUGAUCGCGGGCACUACGUGUCGCGGUGGCACCGUACAUACCCUCUGCUGUCCUAAAGAACGUGUACCCCGCUGUGGUUGGUAUACACACAAUAACGGAAACUGCAAUCCGACCUGUCCACGCGGCAUGUUCGAAAUCGGGUCCCUUACAGGACUGCUCUGCACCAGGGGGGGUGGGUAUCAGGCCGCAUGCUGUGAGAGCGGAAAGGACUCAACUGAGCUGUACAGCACGUUACAAUGGUCCAAUUUUCCGGACUGUGCUGCUGGGAAAUGUCCAGUUGUGCAGGAUGGUAAAACUGAGACACUGGCGCUCGCCAGCUCAGGAAGCGGCGACAGUUGCAAGGAAAAGAAGACCUGGGGCAACUGUGCUUGGUACCGGUCGGUCGAUUCCCCUCCUUCGGGCCAACCGUCCACGUUCUGUAUGAAUUCUUGCCCCGCAGACAAGGUCCGGCUCGCAACGUACGAUACCGAUGAAACCUGCUCGCACGGUAUACGUGCGUUUUGUUGCGAUGACAAUUACUACACCACUACGGGGCGAACGAACCCGGAGAUGCAAGAGUUCGCAAAUGCCCUUAAAAGUUACCUGGUGAAUGGAGUAGAUGUCGAUGACGGCUACAAAAAUCUGCAGCUGUUGAUUCCCGUACUGACGGUGCUCCUGAAAACCGACGAGAACUCGAUGAAUGCAAAGGAAACGCUCGAGGCUGGCGACUGGGAUAACUGGGCAAAAUCUAAUAACUACCUCGGUCUGGAGCUGAAGUUCCUGAAACCCUAUGUCCUAGGAUUGAAAAUCUGGUACGAUCUGGGUGCUGAAUUCGUUGCGCAGAACAUUCUGUGUCGACCUGGAGCGUGGAGCGCUAUGGCUAAAAACCAGAAUCCAGCCAUGUGUCUGGGCGAUCCCUGCGAUGAAGGUGCUGAUCCUGAUCUAUGCCGGACUGAGGAACUGGAGGGUAAUGCUGACGAUAGCGAUCUGACCGAGCGAUCUGUUGGUGUUCUUGACAAACGCGCCAGUCCCAAGACAUACAGGGUCUGGUGCGCUGUAUCCGGGACUUAUGUCUCUGACCUGAAGAUCUUACCACGUCCUUACCCAAGCGCUGGGAAAUGGAAAUCAACCGACACUCAGUUCCAACGGGCGCGAGCUUACCAGGUUCGAGCCGACUGCGCAAACCCCCUGGUGGACCCGAUGAUCAAGACUGGUGACUUCUUUGAUACCGAGCAUGUGCUCGAGCUUCAGCUUAUUCCUCUUUUCUUUGAGUAUGCAACUGGAGCAACACUGGCCUCCGGCAAAGUGCCAAAUUUCCAUCCCAUCGAUUGCACCUUUUUUCUGGCAGCCAACAUAAACGGUCUGUAUUCGAACAUCCUUCGUACUAGCAGCCCGCUUUAUUCCUCCGAUCCUUUUCGAGAUAGCAGUCAACCAGCAUGGCGAAUCAUGGCGGCCCUCGGCACCAAGACAAACAAAGACAAUUUCUACCUGCUCGAGAAGCCAGUCAACGGGAUGAAAGCACGGAUUAUGGGUAACAAGAAUCUCGUUGCAGCGAACAAGUGGACCACUUUUGUCCAUGAUACGACUUUACCUGGGAUACCGCUCAAAUUAAUCAAGGCCGCCAUUGCCGUUUGGCAUUAUCUGAACGACGAAGAGGUCUCUGAUUCCUUUGUGGAAAUUGUGUCGAAUCUACGCAAGGUUUUCCGGGAAGUAGAUAGGGAGUAUAAUGGAGGGACAAGCCUCUUCGUCGCGGCCUGGGAUGAAUGGUGGCAUGAUUACAUGCAAUUCCAGCUUAAACGUUCAUACGAUUGGAUCCAUGAAAAGAUCAGCGAGAUGCGAGAAGUGUGGGAGGGCCAACCUGACCAGAACCCAGUGAAACCAUUGGUACUGGGCAGCCUUGACCAGCUAUCGGGAUACGCAUUUGCCAUUGUUCAUCAUGACCAUACAAUCUUUCCCUGAUUAUCAGUGAAUCGCACCGGGCCAUUCUAAGGAGGCUGAGGGUACAAUUAGGUCCAGAGGACCAGAUGUAUAAAGUCUGGUAUAUCCCUGCUGUGUUGACUCUACUGCUAUCAUCCCUAGGAGCUAGAGAUGGUUGUCUAGACACCUUUUUAGCUGAGCGACUUGAUAUAUAACAAAGUCCAUCUCGCGCUAUUACAUAGAAUCCAAAACAGUCUGACAGAAUGUAUGCUUCCGAGAACACUGGGGACUUUCGCCAAGAUAAACCCAAGCCCCA